AUGCCGCCGUGCCGCCAGGAAACAUGGGGCUACCGCGGCGUCCACGCGCGCCCCUCCGACGGCUUCUCCGCCGAGACCCAGUUCCGCGAGAUGUGCCUCGGCCUCGGCACUUUCGACACCGCCCAUGAGGCCGCCCGCGCGUACGAUGCAGCGGCGUGGCGCAUCCAGUGGUCUCAUAGGGACAUAAACUUCCCCAACGUACCAACGCGGGAGCGGGCACAGGAGCUUGUGCCUCCGCCGCAGCUUAUCACCGACGAGGAUCAUCGCGACAACCGAAGGUGGGAGCACCGCCUCCGCAUUACCGAGAUGGACGAGGAAGCCAUGGCAUUGUGGCGGCAAUGCUUCCCGCAUGACAUCAUCAACAAGCAUGAGUUCUACAUGCAAAGGAGGGCGGAAAGGGAGAAGAGGAGGGCGGAGCGAGCUGCAUAA